AUGGACAGCGGCGAAACACCCAAGCUUCCCGUUUACGCAGGUCAAGUUACAGUAGAGGGGAAGGCGCUGGAUGUCUCCGAUAUUCAUGGCAACGUCUCUAAAGACAUGAAGCGCGAGAGCCUGUAUGUCUUCCGGCAUUUCGUAAGUACACAAGGAAAUUCGUAUGGUGCUGAAGUCGGUGAGCGGAUAAAGAUGACGAGCGUGAACAUCUGGAGAGAGGGCGGAGAGGCGCGUGCGGAGACGAUCUUUGAGAUCACGGUCGAGAAAGACAUGUGCAACAUUCUCGGGACGCUGCAUGGUGCUUGCGCAGCAUAUAUUGUUGAUCCGUGCUCCGUAUCUUCUCUCGUUGUCCUUGGUCGAGCAAAAGGGAUAGACGGCACGGGUGUCUCCCAGUCAAUGAACCUUAUCUGGCACCAUCCUGUCCGACUAGGGACGAGACUCCGCAUCGUCUCCACCUCUAUGUCACUAAAAGGGCGCGUCAGGACUGCACGCUGCGAGCUCUGGGAUGGUGACAGCCUGUGCGUCUCCGCCGUCCACUCCACAGUGAAUCCGGGACAGAAAAGGACCAAAGGGAGGAUGUAG